AUGGCAUCAUCGACAAUUCAACCUGUCUGUUUGAAACGACAAUCAAUUCUGAAAGAAACUUCUUCUUUUAGAAGUCAUCAGAUUUUGAGAAGCUUUAUGCCCUUGGUUAAUCCUACACAUAGUUUAAGUCCUUACGUACGAUCAAGUUUGUUCUUGACCCGUAUUGGAUCUUUACGAACCUUUUCCACUUCCCAUUAUUCAUUAAGACAGUUGGGAGGAGAGAAGUCGUCAUCUAAGCCUGGUAAUAAAUUGGUCAAGCGCGAAAAGAAAUAUUGGAUGGAAAGAUGGUUUGGUUUAACAAAGGAGCAACGAACUGAAGCUGGUUUCAGUGAGGUGAAAAGGUUACUUUUGCUUGGUAAGCAAGACUGGAGACUGUUCUCUGUGGCAAUAGUUCUCUUAAUUAUUUCAUCGGCAAUUGUGAUGGCUUUGCCUAAAGUCACAGGAUCCAUAUUAGAUGCUACUAAAAAGUAUGACAAGCUAGAGGAUAUUAGUUUAUAUGGCUUUACACUGAACGAGUUUAUGGCGAUUAUGGCAGGUCUAUUACUUUUGUCUACGUUCACGACAUUUGGUCGUAUCAUUAUUCUUCGAGUUUUAGGUGAGAAACUUGUUUCCAGGUUGAGAUCUAGGAUAAUGAAAAAGACUUUAAGGCAGGAUAUGACUUUCUUUGAUGAAAACAAGGUGGGUGACUUAAUUUCACGUUUAUCCUCUGAUGCGUACGUCGUGUCAAAGUCCAUUACACAGAACUUGUCGGAUGGAAUUAAAUACACUAUUGUUGGUGCGUCGGCUGUUUCGAUGAUGUUUAUGCUAUCACCAAAGUUGUCGGUGAUCCUCUUGGCAUUUGCACCUCCAUUGCUUUUUGCCUCUUAUGUUUAUGGACUCAAGAUUCGUGCAAUAUCCAGAGCAUUGCAACAAUCCACCGGUUCGCUCACAAAAGUUGCCGAAGAGCAGUUAAAUUCUAUAAAAACGAUUCAAUCAUUUACUGCUGAAACCAAGGAGCUCACAAGAUACGAUGAUAGGAUUCGUGAUGUCUUUCGAAUCAGUUAUAAAGAUGCAGUCACAAAUGCGACAUUUUUCGCCUCUACUGGUGUGAUCGGAAACAUAACACUAUUAUUGACCUUGGGACUUGGCACAUUCUUUGUUAUGGAUGGAAGCAUGACUGUUGGUGGGUUAACAGCUUACUUGAUGUACACUGAGUAUUGUGGGAGCGCAACUUUCGGUAUUGCAAACUUCUACACUGAGCUUUUCAAGGGUGCCGGUGCAGCUUCUAGAUUGUUUGAACUGUUGGACCAGGACCCGGAUAUCGAUGGUGUUGAAGGUGAAAAGUUGAAAACAUCAAAGGGCCACAUUAAGUUUGAAAAGGUCGACUUCAGCUAUCCUACCAGGCCAGAUAACAUGGUUUUCCGUAAUCUCAAUUUAGAGAUAAAGCCGGGCUCAAAUGUCUGCAUUGUUGGACCGUCAGGCAGGGGAAAAUCCACCAUUGCAUCUCUUCUCCUGAGAUUUUACAAUCCUGAUUCGGGAAAGAUAACCAUUGAUGGAGAGGACAUUUCAAAAUACUCUGUGCAUUCAAUCCGUCAGGUGAUCGGCUUUGUCCAGCAAGAGCCUGUGCUCAUGCCUGGAUCAAUCCGGGAUAAUAUCGUUUAUGGUAUGCCUCCUGGUGUGAAAAUUACAGGGGAUAUGAUCGAGUGGGCGGCAGCAAAGGCAAAUUGUGAUUUUAUCGAUCAAUUUCCAGAUCGGUUUGACACAGAUAUCGGACCUCGUGGCUCAUUACUAUCCGGUGGUCAGAAGCAGAAAAUUGCCAUUGCUAGAUGUUUAAUCAAGGAGCCACGUAUAAUGAUACUUGAUGAAGCCACUUCGGCUUUGGAUUCACGAUCUGAAAAUGCUAUUAACACGACACUUGCUCGCUUGCUUCGGGACCAAUCGAUGACUACAGUAUCCAUUGCCCAUCGGAAGUCGACAAUUGAGAAAUGUGAUGAUGUAUUAGUUCUUGGAUAUGAUGGAAAUAUCGUUGAGGAAGGACGUUAUGAUGAGUUAUACUCGAACAAAGACUCUCGUUUAUACAAGUUGCUGAAUGAGACAUCGCCGAAUAAUGUGGCAUCGGAAGCACAGCUACGGAAGAAGGAGAGUGAGAGGAAACGGAAGGAAGAAGAAGCUCUCAAAGAAUGUGAAACGAAACCCACGGUAUUAAGUAAGGAGGAAGUGGAAAAACUAUCGUUGGAGGAGCGAAGUUUGGCUGCGGAGAACUUCAGCGAAGAAGGAGUUGAAAUGAAUGAUGAGUUUGGCCAUAAACUUAUGAUUCCUCAUCAUGUUGGCACGGAAGAAUUUAUCUUGCAUGCAGCAGCUGAUCGUGAGGAAGCAGAAAAGAUAAGACUCAAGGAAGAGAAACAGCAGGAGAAAAAGAAAAAGAAAAUGGAGGAAGAAGAGUCCAAAAAGAAUAAUGAGGAAUCCCAAAGCGAUCCUGACUCAGCCAAAAAGAAUGAGUCCGAUACUGUUACUGAUGAUAGCACUGACAGUACCGAUAAACCUGCAAAGGAAGCUGAUUCGGAUGCUGCCAAUGAGUCUCAAUCAAAAGAGAGUAAUAAAACAGGAACGGAGGAAAAGGUUCGAACAUGA